AUGGAGAAAAUAGAAAAAAUAUAUAACUACAUUAGAGAAAAAGGGAGUAAAUAAUUAUUCAUUCUCAUUUCUAUACAAUUGUCCUUCUUAAUAUUAUCCUGUGUUAUCUUAAUAAUAAUUGAAAAUGAACAAAACAAUGCCGAAUAUAGAAGAGAAAAUUUAUACAAAUGGUUAAUUUUAUUGUUGUUUAGUUUAUCUUCAUUUUAUUACGCUUGGCAUUCUGUAAUUAUAGUUGAUAUUUUAUAAGAUUAUCAAAAAAAAUAUGCUAGAAUUGUUAGCUUAUCUAAUAAUAUCUAUUUGUACAACAAUUGCUAGUACAUUAAGAUAUUUUUAUAUUAGUAUUAAUGAAGAGUUAGAUCAUAAAAUAGUAAAUAAUAAUAUUAAUCAUAGUUAGUUCAAAUUGUUUGUUAUGUUUAUAUAGGAUUUUCAAUAUUUGUGUAAAUAAUGGGAUUGAUUUCAUAUAAAUAUUUUAUAGAAGCUUUUAGAGAUGAAAUAUUUACAAAGAUUGGAGCCUCUGUUAAUGAACAGAAUAAAUUCAAAUGGUUUACUUCAUUUUAAUGUCUUCUAUAAGUAUAUGCACAACUAACAUUUUUGAUUUUUGUAACAUUUUUCUUUUUUUUUGAUACAUCAAUAGAAUAAUAAUCAUAGAUUCAUCUUAUUGCUGAUAUUUCUGCCAUAAUUGUUAUCAUUGCUGGAUUUGUAAUUGGAUAUAUAGGAGUAUAUUAUGAUAAAAUAUAUUUAGGUUAAAAAAAGAAAAUUAAAAUUAGUUUAUUUAUAUUUUUUUAUUGCUUUUUUAAUUUGCAUAGCUGAAAAUGUCAAACUCUUUUUAUUCUUGUAAUAUUAUGAUUAUUAAUUCGAACAAAUAAAUUUAGAUUGGGCCACCUUUUUAAUUAUCGCUAUAAUUUUUUUAGCUAGCAUAAUUGUAUUGGUAUCAAUUUAUAUAUCAAUAUUUAAUAGAUAUUUAAUUUCUUUUAUGGAUAUAAAUGUGUCAAAUUAAAAUUUUAGGAUAUAAAAACUUUUGAUGUGGAUUAAAAAACAAAAGAUCCUUUUUUAUCAUAAUACGAUUACUGA